CACAGUCACCGGAGUGAGGCAGCAUGGAUGACAUGGAGACUUGGCCGGAGAUAGAGAAAGCUCUGACAGAGAGGAGGCGUGAGCUGGUUCUCCAGGGUCUCCUUGUGGACAGGAGGAUCUCCGCUCAUGGCGGACUCACCACGUCCAUCUACUCCCUCACCCUGCUCAACUACCUGGAGGUGAGCCAGUGCCCGAGUCUGACAGCGAUCCACGAGGACAUCCGGCGGCUGACCAACCUCCAGAGCCUCAUCCUGUGCAGGAACAAGAUCGCCUCCUUCCCGGACGUCAUCAGCCUCCUGGGCUCCCUGAAGGUCCUGGACCUGUCGGUGAACGACCUGCAGGUUCUCCCGGAGGGCAUCACCCAGCUGAGCGAGCUGAACACCCUCAACGUGAGCUGCAACCGCCUGGAGGAGCUGCCCGCCGGCCUGAGCCGCUGCUCCAAGCUCUCCACCAUCAACGUCUCCAAGAACCGCAUCACCCGCUUCCCCGCGGACCUCUACUCGGAGAAGCUGGACCUCCUCAGCUCCCUGGUGGCCUCCGACAACGCCAUCGAAGAGCUGAGCGCAGAUGUUCACAAGCUGUCUGCUCUGAAGGUUCUGGAUCUCUCUGGCAACAAGCUGAAGGAAAUCCCGUGUGAUCUGAGCGACUGCCCCAAGCUGAAGGAGAUCAACUUCAAAGGCAACAAGCUGAACGACAAACGCCUCGAAAAGAUGGUCAACGGCUGCCAGACCAAGUCCAUCCUCGACUACCUCCGAGGAAAAGGAAAAGAGAGACAGGGAGAGGAUGGAGGUGAUGCAGAGGGCGGACGCAAUGUCGAUAAGAAGAAAAGGCAGCAGCAGAGGAAGAAGAAGGACAAGGCGGCAGACGAACCUGAUGAGGUGGAAGAGCUGAGCAAGAUGGUGGUGAGGAUUCUCCAUGUUUCGGAGGCGCCCACAGCACUCACGGUCAAAGUGAUGGCGGAAGUGAAGGAUGUUCGGCCCUACUUGGUGUGCUGCGUGGUCCGGGGCAUGAACCUGAAGCCUGGGAAUUCUCUCAAACGGUUCCUCGUGGCUCAGACCAAGCUUCACGACGAUUUGUGUGGUAAAAGGACCACGGCAACCAUUGCAACUCAUGAUGUGCAGCUUCUCAAAGGCCCACUGACGUAUGAAGUCAGACCCCCCACCCAGCUAAAGAUUGUGUCACUGGGCCGGAAGGAGAUGACGGCGGUGGAGCUGAUGAGACACCUCCACCUAGAGGCCGACGAGCUGAGGAAGCAGAAGAAACGACAGAAUGUUACCGGACUCCACAAAUACCUGCAGCUUUUGCAAGGAAAAGCCUUCUAUCCCUGCCUAGUAGACGCAGAGGGACUUGUGAUCUCAUUCCCACCUAUUACCAACAGUGAGAACACCAAGAUCAAGAAGACUACCAAAGAGUUGUUUUUGGAAGUGACCAGUUCAACCAGCCUGCAGACCUGUAAAGACAUUAUGGACGCUCUGAUCAUAAAAAUGGCAGAGUUGAACAAGUUCACAGCGGAGCAUCGGGAGGAGGCGGGGUCAGACGGGGAAGGGGAAGGCCCGCCCGAGCCGGCGGCGUCUGUGGAGACCUCCAGCGAACUGAUCGUCCAGCAGGUCCGAACCGUCGACCAAGACGGGAACCUGAAGGUCGUCUACCCGUCGAAGACCGACCUCUCCUCCCACGACAUCAGCAAUUUGACCAUCGUUUGGUAGUCGUGCUGUGGACAACCUGCGAUGUCUGUAUUUAAAAUGUGUGUGUAAUUGGAUUUGCAAGUAUGUACCAAGAAAAUCUGCAAAUAUGUAUUCAUAAUCCAUGUGUUUUAUUGGAUUUGGACGUUUGCAAAUAAAUAUCUGCAAAUGCUUA